AUGCCAUAUCCCCCCGCCCAUUCGGCGACCCUACCCCGCUGCGCUGCUCGCGCAAACAGCUUUGGUCUCCCUCCGUGGGUUCAGCGUCGGUAUUUCUCCUCACGCCCAUAUCCCUCCCCCAAUUCUUCCUUCUUUCCAUCCUCUCAACAGUGCUUUGGUCGACCGGGACUCUCUAUUAAGCCUCGUCGGAUACCGUUCCUUGCCCGACCCUCCUCGGGAAACCUCAAAAACUUUCCCGUUUUACUGUGUCAGACCCGACCAUUUUCGAGCACCGACGUUGCGAUGGCAGCCGAAAAGAUCGAUGGCACGCAGAUCGCGAAGGAUAUCCGCGCGGGGUUGAAGGAUGAAAUUCAGAAGAUCCAGGGUAUCAACCCAAGAUUCAAGCCCAGCCUGGUGAUCUUUCAAGUGGGGGACAGGUCCGAUUCGAGUACUUAUGUGCGCAUGAAGUUGAGGGCUGCUGAAGAAGCAAACAUCCUCUGCAAAAUUGUCAAUUUCCCCGAGUCUAUUACACAAGCAGAAAUUCUUCAGGAGAUCAGCCAAGCCAACAAUGACCCAUCUGUACAUGGCAUCCUUGUCCAAUUACCGCUGCCUCAACACCUUUCUGAGCACGCAGUCACCUCCGCUGUGGCUGACGAAAAGGAUGUCGAUGGAUUCGGAGCAAUCAACAUUGGCGAACUCGCCAAACGAGGCGGCCACCCCCUCUUCGUUCCCUGCACGCCCAAGGCUGUGAUGGCUCUUCUCAAGGCUAGCGGUGUCGACCCAGCAGGCAAGGAAGCAGUUGUCCUCGGCCGAAGUGACAUUGUUGGGAGCCCUGUCAGCUACCUCCUCAAGAACGCUGACGCAACUGUGACUGUGUGCCAUUCGAAAACCCCCGACAUUGCCGGCACUCUGAAGAAUGCGGAUAUUCUUGUCGCGGCAAUUGGAAAGACCGAAUUUGUCAAGGGCGAAUGGUUGAAGCCAGGUGUUGUUGUUAUUGACGUCGGUAUUAACUACAAGCCUGAUUCUACUAAAAAGUCAGGCCAGCGUCUGGUCGGAGAUGUCGACUUCGACUCUGCUUCGCAGGUGGCUUCAAAAAUCACACCAGUUCCCGGUGGUGUUGGUCCCAUGACAGUGGCUAUGCUGUUGGAGAACGUCGUCUCAUCGGCAAAAGCGUACUUUGAGAAACAGAAAGAGAGACAUAUAACCCCGCUCCCGAUCAAAUUGGCUACGCCCGUACCGUCAGACAUUGCCAUCUCCCGCUCACAAUACCCCAAAGCUAUUACACAAGUUGCCUCUGAGAUUGGCAUUGCACCCCACGAACUGGAGCCGUACGGUCAUACAAAGGGCAAGGUGAGCCUUGGACUUCUCAACCGGUUAAGUCACCGCCGCAAUGGCCGAUAUGUUUUGGUCUGUGGUAUCACUCCUACCCCACUUGGUGAGGGAAAGUCUACGACUACACUGGGUUUGAGUCAGGCCCUAGGCGCACAUCUCAACCGCGUCGCCUUUGCCAACGUUCGUCAGCCCAGUCAGGGCCCCACGUUUGGUAUCAAGGGUGGAGCCGCCGGUGGAGGAUACAGUCAGGUUAUUCCUAUGGACGAGUUUAACCUGCACUUGACAGGUGAUAUUCACGCAAUCACCGCCGCCAACAAUUUGCUUGCCGCUGCCAUUGAGACACGCAUGUUCCAUGAGGCUACCCAGAAGGAUGCUGCUCUUUACAAGCGCCUUGUCCCCGAGAAGAAGGGCCAGCGCGAGUUUAAGUCUAUCAUGUUCAAACGACUGAAGAAGCUGGGAAUCACUAAGACUGACCCCAACGAACUUACUGAGGAUGAAAUUAACCGAUUUGCCCGUCUUGACAUCGACCCCUCAACCAUCACCUGGCGCCGUGUUUUGGAUGUCAAUGACCGACACCUGCGUGGAAUUACCGUUGGCCAGGCGCCGACAGAGAAGGGACUUACGCGCGAAACUGGAUUUGACAUUUCUGUUGCCAGUGAGUGUAUGGCCAUCCUCGCCUUGAGUAGUGACCUUGAGGAUAUGCGGGAGAGACUUGGCCGCAUGGUUGUUGCUACGUCAAAGCGGGGAGAGCCGGUCACUUGCGACGACAUCGGUGCGGGAGGUGCCCUUGCAGCACUGAUGAAGGACGCGAUUAAGCCCAACCUAAUGCAGAGUUUGGAGGGUACACCUGUUCUAGUCCACGCCGGUCCCUUCGCCAACAUCAGUAUCGGAGCCAGUUCAGUGCUGGCCGAUCGGGUAGCGCUCAAGCUCGCUGGUACCGAACCCGAGGAGGACCACGAGGCCAAGACCGGUUUCGUCGUAACGGAGGCUGGUUUCGAUUUUACCAUGGGAGGAGAGCGCUUCUUCAACAUCAAGUGCCGAUCCUCCGGCCUCUCCCCGGACACUGUCGUUAUUGUCGCGACCGUACGUGCCUUGAAGGUUCAUGGCGGCGGUCCUGAGAUUAGCCCGGGAGCUGCUCUUCACGAGGUUUACCGCACAGAAAAUACCGAAAUUCUCCGCAAGGGUUGCGUUAACCUGAAGAAACACAUUGAGAAUGCCCGGCAAUAUGGAGUCCCAGUCGUUGUGGCCAUCAACCGCUUCGAGACGGACACAGAGGCCGAGAUCGCAAUUAUCCGCGAAGAAGCCAUUUCGGCUGGUGCCGAGGAAGCCGUUUCCGCCAACCACUGGGCCGAGGGCGGAGCUGGUGCUGUCGACCUAGCCAAGGCUGUCAUAAUUGCUAGCUCCAAACCCAAGGACUUUAAGCUCCUGUACGAUCUGGAAGGCAGCAUCCAGGAGCGUAUCGAGCGCAUCGGCAAGGCGAUGUACGGUGCGGACAAGGUCGAGUUCAGCGAGCUGGCGCAGAAGAAGGUCGACACAUACACCACCCAAGGCUUCUCCAACCUCCCCAUCUGUAUCGCCAAAACCCAGUACUCCCUGAGUCACGAUCCGGCGCUCAAGGGAGCUCCGACUGGAUUUACUGUCCCCAUCCGCGACGUGCGGUUGGCCGUGGGCGGUGGAUAUCUGUACGCGCUCGCGGCGGACAUUCAGACGAUCCCCGGGUUGCCGACAGCUCCUGGAUACUUGAAUGUGGAUAUUGACGCCGAGACCGGGGAGAUCGAUGGACUCUUCUAG